AUGGACGGCACCAAAGCCAACACCACCAUGAUGAUCAGUCCCCGGAAGCCGCGGGUGAUGCUCUACUCCUCCCCGCUCAUUGGCCACCUGGUCUCCAUGGUCGAGCUCGCCAAGCUCUUCGUCGCCCGUGGGCUAGCCGUCACCAUCGUCCUCAUGGACCCGGUGUACGACACCGGCGCUACGGGGCCCUUCCUGGCCGGCGUCUCCGCGGCCAACCCCUCCAUCUCUUUCCACCGUCUACCACAGGUCAAGCUCCUGGAGUCUGACCACUCCAUGAUACCGGCCUUAGCUAUCGCCCGCCACUCCAACCCGCACCUACGUGACUUUCUCACCGGCGCCUCCCCAGACGUCCUCGUGGUGGACUUCUUCUGCAGUGCCGCUGUGGACGUGGCCGCGGAACUUGGCAUACCCGUCUACUUCUUCAACACCUCCGGCGCCCAGAUCCUGGCUUUCAUCAUGCACCUCCCGGUUCUGCAUGGUAAAAGCACGAGGAGCUUCCGGGAAAUGGGCGAGGAAAUCGUGCACGUCCCGGGGAUCACCUCCUUCCGGGCGACCCACACCAUCCAGCCGCUCAUGGACCGUGACGGCGCGUCCUACAAUGCAUUUCUAAACGUCAACCUCAACCUGUUCCGGUCACAGGGCAUCAUCGUCAACACCUUCCGCUCGCUGGAGCCUCGUGCCAUGGACACCAUCCUCACCGGGCUCUCCACCCCACCCGGCCUCUCGACACCCCCAGUGCCAGUGUGGUGUUCUUGCUGUAUUUCUCGAGGAAGAGAUGGAGUUGGCCGUCCCGAUGAAAGGGUAUGA